UUUCACGUUGUGGAAGUGACAUUUGUUGUUUGGUGAGAAGAUUAUGGCUAUGAAAGGUAGCAAAUGCGCCGUUCCAGGUUGUUCGAAUUAUAAAUUACAAAAGGAUAAAUCAUUUUAUAGAUUUCCCAAGGAUAAGGAGCUAUGUAAGCAGUGGGUUAUUUUAACUCAGAAACCCGGUUUAGCUGAAGUGUUCAAAAGCCGAGGGCCAGAAUAUGUUUAUCGAACGUACACUGUAUGCUCGGACCAUUUUCAGGAAAAAGAUUUCCGGAACAAGAUAUGGUUAAGCCAAGGUCUUUGGCGUGGUGCGAUACCUUCGCGGUUGUUACCCAAACCUAAACAAACUGUACCAGACAGUGGAAGAAAUGGGGAAGUGGCGACAGUGUUAAGUGACAUGAACAGUGUACAAAAUGAUUCAGCCACAAAUCAAAUGGCGAGGGGAUUCUCUGCAGAACGGGAGUCAGCAGAAAUAUACUUAGCAGAAAAUCAGUAUUGUUUUCAGAGUUGUACGCCAGAACCUCACCAGCCAUGUGAGAGUAUAACUGUGAAGGUGGAACAGGAGCCUGAAUAUGGAGGGAACUCCUGUGAUAAGCACAGACCACAGGAACCUGAAUACAUAGAAGUUAAGGGCGAGCCGCUCGAGGAGGAGGAAGCUACUGGUGAGGGUGCCACAGAGCAGGACUCUCUGUGUUUCUGAUGCACAUUCUCCUCAGACCUGAGCUGUCUUCGUUUGUGGUCCGAAUGUGACCGUAACUGCAGGCUGGGAGGGAGCUGCACUCCGGAACUGCAGCUGCCGGAGUGUGGAACUUCACAGGUCUCCGUAAAGGAGGGGGGACAGCCUGGGUAGUUGUGUGUCAGAUGUGAUGAAGCUGACAGACCUGAGAGAAGAAAGCCACUGCAAACUGGAGAGAGGUCAUCUCCAGCAACGGCCACAGUGAAAAGCGUCUUCUUCUAUGCAUUUGAUGUGUGUACAUAUGACUAUGGUUUUUACUCCUCCAUAUGUAUUUUCCAUUUUUUAUUUCCUCAUUUGGGGAAAUAUUCCCACUUUUCUAUUUCAUAUGUUCAGGUACCAUCUUCGCUAAAAAUAAAUGCAGAAGUUUUACUGUCUUUGCAUAGGGUUGCCAUAAUCAGAGGACAA